AGUGUGGAGCGGUGAUAUUUUAUCAACCAUUUUUUCAAACAACACAGUGAAAUGCACGAAUAUUGACGGGUAAACGCUUUACAUAGCUGGCUGAACUUAGGGUUUUCGUCUUGUGAAUCGUUUUAUACAACAAACUUCGCAGUUCAUCCAAAUAUGAGCUAUCCCGACUCUUUGUGGGAAAUUAACGGGAAUCAACCACCAGUUAUUACACCUGAAAUGCCUCAGUACCCGGGAACCGAUUUGGGAAGCUAUCCUGUUUGGGAAAGCACGAUGCUUUAUCCGCCGCCGCCUCCGCAACAUCCUCACAUUAACGAGCACAGUCUCUACAGGCAGCCCUGUGCCCUGCUUCACCAGAGCCGGUACACUCCAAAUGGCCGCUCCCCAAAUCUUCCAUCCUCAACGACGAAGAAGCCACGACGCAGAGUGGCGACGGUUUCCCAAAGAAGGGCUGCGAACAUCCGCGAAAGACGCAGAAUGUUCAAUUUGAACGAAGCAUUCGACAAGCUGCGGCGAAAGGUUCCGACAUUCGCCUACGAAAAACGACUGUCCAGAAUCGAAACGCUGAGAUUGGCGAUAACUUACAUCGCCUUCAUGGGCGAGCUGCUCGGACUAGAUUCGAACAGUCCAAAACAGGAUUACAUCCCGAGGGAAUACUACCUUCCGAAUUGAGCCGCGUUCGCGGAUACGCAAGUGCGUUAUUCGAUUCAUUUUAUUCGCGUGUAAUGCGCGUUAGUAAUAAGUACUUGAGUAAUACAUGCAAUCAUGAUUCUGAUACAAAUCGCAACCCAUGUCUUCCAUUUUAAAUUUUAGACAAAUGAUAUGCAAGUAUUAUACACUAAUUAUAUCGUUUUAAUAUACACGAUAUGAAUAAUUUGCAUUUAAUACGCGUAAUAUAAAUACACGUAGACUUCGCAUAUCCAGACAUAAUCAUAAAAUGAUGUUAUUAGUAUUAUUAUUAUUGCUUAUAAGCACGUAUAAA